UUACUUCUCUGAUAUUAUGUAUAUUUUCCGCGGUUUGAGAAGACUGUUCGAUGUUAUACUUAUUCAUAACCUGUUAUUCCUAAGUUUACUUUCUUGCAACACUUAGCGUGUGAAGUGUCUCUAAGUAGCAUCAGCAUCAUGUCAUCUUCAAAGCUUACUGCAGAUGCGAAGUUCGGUGUUGAUAUUGGAGAUAUACGAAUUAGGUACAAAGACAAAAACGAAACUUUUACGGAGGAACAACUUGUUAGCAAGGAGCCUAUUGGUCAAUUUAAAGCAUGGUUCGAGGAAGCGUCCAAGGACCCGCAAAUUUUCGAGCCAAACACCAUGUAUCUUGCCACGGCUACUGAUAAUAGCAUUCCGUCCAUACGACCAGUAUUACUAAAACAUUAUGGUAAUGAUGGUUUCAAAUUUUAUACGAAUUACAAAAGUAAAAAAGCUCGCGAUAUAGCUCAAAACUCAAAUGUAGCGGCGUACUUAUAUUGGCAACCUUUGAGACGAGGAGUGCGUAUAGAAGGCAAAGCAGUAAAAACUUCUCCAGAAGACUCGGAUCGUUAUUUCCAAACCCGACCAUAUUCGUGUCAAAUAGGAUCAAUGUCUAGCAAACAAAGUAGCGUGAUCGCGAGUAGAGAGACGCUUAUUGUGAAAGAAAGGGAAUUACUGGCACAGUUCCCAGAGGGACAAGUUAAAAGGCCAGACUGCUGGGGAGGGUAUAUCAUUAUUCCACAUUCCGUAGAAUUUUGGCAAGGUCAAAGCGAUCGUUUACACGAUAGAAUUCGUUUCAGACGGCCUAUGCCAAACGAAAAAAUCGACGAUGUAUUACUCCAUCAGGGAGAUAACGGAUGGGUUUAUGAAAGAUUAUCUCCGUAGAUAAUAUAAGAAAGGAUAUUUUUUAUUAAAUAAUAUUUCUUGUUUUACAAAUUACAAAAAGAAUAAUGCUUCUAAAAUAAUAAGUUCUGGAUCAGCCUAA